AUGCCAUCGUCAACGUCGACAACUCAUCAAUUUACACGUAAUGCAUCUUGCCCAUCUCAAGGUACUUUAUCGUCGAAGCUGACUAAUCGGAAAUAUAGUUCAUCGACGAAUACUUUGCACUAUUGCUCCGAUUCAAUCGUACCAACAGAAACGGGAGCAACAGCAGCGUCGAAAAAAGAGAAUAAUCGAAAUAUUCUGCAAAGAAUCAAAACUGGUGUGGUGAAUUUCUUCAAGCAAAUCUCAAACGACAAUGUUUUCAAACCGGUCGAGAUUCAACAAUCGACAUUUCUCUACGAUCCCGAACUCGAUCUUCGUGAAGAACACAUCUCACUCAUUUCCAAACGCUUGUUAACAGCACUACGAGAAAGCAAAAUUAAACAUUUAUCAUGUGAUAAUCUCUUUCUUCCAUGCAAUCAUCUACGAAACAUUGCCAAACAAUGUUUAAUUAUGGCUGCCGAAGAACCAUUUGGUAUUAUGGGUGCUCAGAUUCGCAUCAAACUCACGUCACUAUCAACGAAUCUGACAUCGACUACAACCAAAUAUCUUCCACUGAUUCGUAUCAAUCCGAAACAGAAGACGGUCUUCGAGAUCGAAAUCGAUUUGCACGAGGAUACGAAGGUGUUUACAUUAAGAAGACUGUUACCUGAAAUGAAAUUGUUCAGACAAUUGAAAGAGAAAAGUCCAUUGUAUGUAAGUCCCCGGUGUUUACUUGUGAAAAAUGUUUUUUACAAAACAGCUGAACCAAAACGCGCAAUUAUUGAUACAUAA